AUGUUUAUCCGCGUCUCUACUGUUUUCGUUGUUCUCCUCGGCUUAACGGCCCUCGUCAACACUGAAGUGCUAGCCGCUCGCCCUAGUGUUCACACUCGUAACAUUGUCGUGAGAGUGGCCCCAGUGUCUCCAGAACCAGACCCAGGCAAGCCGGUAGUGAGUGGACGUGAUGAGACUCCGGAACCAGACCCAGGCAAGCCGGUAGAUGAGACUCCGGAACCAGACCCAGGCAAGCCGGUAGUGAGUGGACGUGAUGAGACUCCGGAACCAGACCCGGGCAAGCCGGUAGUGGGUAGGCGUGACGAAUCUCCAGAACCAGACCCAGGCAAGCCGGUAGUGAGUGGACGUGUAAGCUUUGUUUCACAUCAAAUCUCAUAA